AUGGAUGAUUGGAUGGAACUGAACCUGAAUGUUUUGAAGGGAAGUUGGGUUUUGUUGUUGUGCGUGAGCUUAUUGACGCUCCUCCAUGAUGCCAAUGCCGCGGCUGCUAUACAUCAGGUAAAACUGGGCGCCACCGCGGAACUGGAAUUUGGCAAAAAUGUGGAGAAAGUAGAAUGUGAAUCCAGUGAUCACAAACAUGAAAUUGUGAAUCAUGACAAAUUGACUCAGUAUGCGCACGAGCAUUACGGUGAUCGGAUCAAAUGGCAUGAUGGAAAGCUAACAAUCGAACACGUGAAGAAAACCGAUCUCAACACUUUCCAUUAUGAGUUGAACGGUAAACCGAUGGCCAUCACACUGUCCGAAGAGCAUUAA